AUAUUUUGUCGGAAAUCCGCGAUGUAUUUAAAAUACCAAAUAACAAGUAUCCGUGAAGAGUGAUCAGCAAAAUCAUUGCACAAAUUCUUUGACUCCGUACUCCUUCUCCAAGAAAGAUGAACUUAGCCGUUGUAUAUUCCACAUUAUUUUUGGCAGUACUAAUUGACGGGAAAAGUUUUCCAAAAUGCUCAAACACAGUUCCGCUUAAUAAAAACAUAUUCGGCACAGUUGCCUUCAAACCAGGCGAUAUAGUGCUUCCGGGAACAAACAUGACUGUUCUUUGCGUCGGAACUGAGGGAAAAGCACCGAUAACGUCGAGACAGGCUGAUUAUGAAAUUGCUCGGAUCGACAUCUUUGGUCCAGAUGGUGGUCAUCUGCGCAGAUGUACCGUAGAUUUCAAUAAACUUCAAGCUUGUCAUUAUAUUAUAAAUGGAGUGAAAAACCUUGGUAACUUUCAAUACAGCUGUGCAUUCGUUGCACGGAACAGUGCGUUUAGUUGUCUUGCAGAGAAGAAUUUGUCAGUCGUUGAAAACGUUUGCCAAGCAAAACCAUGCGACAAGAAUGCUAUUUGUAAGAACACGGCAACUUCAUUUGAAUGCAAAUGUAAACAAGGAUUCAAUGGAGAUGGAAAAAACUGCACAGCUAACAGAGGGUGUAACUCAACUCCAUCACCAUGCCAUGAAAACGCAAUUUGUGAGAAUACGAUUAAUUCAUUCCAGUGCAAAUGUGUGCCUGGCUUUACAGGAGAUGGCAAGAUUUGUACAGAACUACGGCAGUGUGGCGUCAAUUCUGUUUGCAAUACCAAAGACGAUCCUGUAAAUUGCCUGCUGCUAAAUCAAACAGUUCGCUGUAAAUGCAAUGGAAAUUUAAUUGGAAAUGGAACGCAUUGCUUGGAACCAGUGAAUAAUAUUCCAAAUGCUUUCAGCAGUAAAGGCAAUACAACUAAAGUCAUUAUCGCUGUCGUUGUUCCAACUUUUGUUUUACUUGCCGGGCUUCUCAUUGCUUACUGGCUUUACCGAAAACAAAGAAACGCACGGCAGGAAGAGGUAUUCAAUAGCCCUAUACACGAGUUAAACAAAGCACGAAAAGCCUCUAAAGACAACAUGGACAUUCUAUUUCCUGAACACCCAAAGGAUGUAGACAGUUCCCCAAGGAGAAGACUACCAUCCAUUCACGAACAUAACAGUAAAGAAGAAAAAGAGGAAGAAGAAAUCAUGUCCUACAUUUGUGUUUUGGACGACUGGGAAAUCAAAAAGGAUGAUCUGACAAUUCUAAAUAAGAAGUUGGGUGGAGGAUGUUUUGGUGUUGUGAAGAAGGGACUGUACACAAAGAAAGAGAACGAUAGAGAAUUUGUGGCUGUUAAAAUGCUAAAAGACGCACCAUCGGCGGCAGACCGCUCGGAUCUCUUAAUGGAGCUAUUUAUUUUGAAAGAAGUUAACAAAACUCCACAUGAAAAUGUCAUAAAACUUAUUGGGGCGUAUACCAGCGCAGAACCUAUCCUGGUAUUAACGGAGUUUUGCUCACGUGGGAAUCUGCGGUAUCUACUAAAAAAUAGUCGAGUGUCAGUGACUGAUGACAAUAACGAAGACAUAUCACAAUACAAAAAUGUUUUUUCAACAUUAAGCCACAGAAAACUACUUCAGAUUGCUGUUGAUAUAGCAUGUGGAAUGAAACAUUUGGCUGCAAGUCAGUUUGUUCAUAGGGAUCUCGCAGCAAGGAACAUUCUCAUUUCAGCCAACUAUGAGGCGAAAGUGUCUGAUUUCGGUUUGGCCAGGCCGAUCACUGGGGUCGAACAAAUGUAUGUCAAGUCAAACAGAAAUUUAUUACCGGUGAAAUGGAUGGCAGUUGAAUCACUUACACAAGGAAUAUUUCGAACUUCAAGUGAUAUGUGGGCAUACGGUAUUGUACUCUGGGAAAUCACAACAUUAGGGAAGGAGCCGUACCCCGAUAUCUCCCCUUUCGAUACAUUCACCUUUGUCACAUCAGGAAAUCGUAUGGAGCGACCUCCUCAUUGCUCAGAAGAACUGUAUGGCAUAAUGAGAAAAUGUUGGGAACACGAUCAGAAAGACAGGCCAUCAUUUGAAGAAGUCCAUGAAGAAGUCAAGGAAAUGUUGGAUGAGACCGAUGACCGAAUGUAUAUAAAUGUUAUUGAGAUGGACGAGGAAAGUCGCAAAGAAUUGACUGUUCUUGAAGAUCGCAGGAUCAGUGUUGAAAGUAUGAAAGACUUACGUUAUACCGAAGGAUAGAAGAAAUUACAAGAUAUU